AUGUACGGGCAGUCCAGAAAUCCGGGUGCAGCGUUCGAGGAACACAAACAAAUUACGGUUCUCCAACUGCGUCUCCUUGUCCCAUGUUCACGCUCACCCGAAGCAUACGCUCUGCGGCAAAUUGGUCUCGCUUCUACCAACGUCCACCUUCCUUGUUCCUCAAGGCCACCAUGUCUUCUAGCAACGAGCUGGCGGACCGCUACAAGCUCAUCUUCUUUGUCCCGCACCCCCCACCUCGAAUCUUGCAAGGAGGCCGUCUUCGCCACCGGUGCGGGUUCCUUUCCCGGCGGUAAAUACACAAAGUGCUGCUUCCAGUAUCCUGGCACGGGGCAGUUUCUUCCCAACGAGGGGGCGAAUCCGAAUAUCGGGGCCGUGGGAACGCUCGAGCAGGUCGAGGAGAUGAAGGUCGAGAUACUCUGCGUGGGGAGAGAGACGAUGCUCAAGGCCGUAGAGGCCCUUCUCAAGGCUCAUCCAUACGAGGAGCCUGCACGCUUCCAAAGGAUAAUGAUACUUCUUUUGACUUCUCACGCCAUCAUACCGCCGGAAAUGGCUUCGAAACUCGCCCCUUCCGUCGCGCGCUGUAGCCGCCGGCUAAUUCCCCAGAUCUCGAAGCAACAAUGGAGAUCUUUCUCCGCUGGACCCCAGGUCCUCAGUGAUACGCUCGCCGUGCAUCGAAACAAGCCUUACAACAACCCCUCGAUCCCUUUCAAGUUCAAUGAGCAGAACCUCGCUCUCAUCGAUGAGAUCCUUAAGCGCUACCCCCCGCAGUAUAAGAAGGCCGCUGUCAUGCCUCUUCUGGACCUGGGACAGCGCCAACAUGGCUUCACCAGCAUCAGUGUCAUGAACGAGGUCGCACGGAUCUUGGAGAUGCCCCCGAUGCGUGUCUACGAGGUCGCAACCUUCUACACGAUGUUUAACCGGGAACCAGUGGGCAAGUACUUCGUGCAAGUCUGCACUACGACACCUUGCCAACUCGGUGGCUGCGGUAGCGACAAGAUUGUCAAGGCCAUCUCUGACUACCUUGGCAUCACCCCUGGACACACGACGGAGGACAAUCUGUUCACUUUCAUCGAGGUCGAGUGCCUUGGUGCUUGCGUCAAUGCCCCCAUGGUGCAGAUCAACGACGACUACUACGAGGACCUGACUCCCGAGUCGAUCGUCUCUCUCCUGAAGGCUCUGAAGGAGUCUGCUCUUGCUGCCGAAACCGGAAAGACCGUCGAGGUGCCACCUCCCGGCCCUCUCAGCGGCAGAAAGUCUUGCGAGAACAGCGCUGGCUUGACGAAUCUGCAUAACCCGCCGUUAUGGAACCCUGACGAGUUCAUGAGAAAGGAUGGAGCGUUGGACGGGUAG